GUUGUGUGUGUGUGUGUGUGUGUGUGUGUGUGUGUGUGUGUGUGUGUGAUGUGGCUUUAGGGGUUUUGGGGUCUCAGACCUAUUGAAUGAUAAAAAAUAGAUGACGUCGAGUUUGUGAUCCAGCAGGAAACGCCUUCUCACAGCGAGCCGCAGUGCAUGCCGGGAAUUGUAUUUCACACGGGAGUCGCUUCGACACACUGGGCAGCAGAGAGAACUACAUGUCCCAGAGGGACAGAGACACAUCUUUAAGGAAUGACGUCUUCCUCCAGCGGGAUGAGCUCAGUGUCGGGGUCUCCCCUCUUCCCCUCUCUCCCGUGACCAGACAGAAGGAAGGGAAAUAAAUAAUCACAAUAAAACCCAGUCUUACUGCCGCUGAUGGCCGUGUGUAGCCCAAGCGGGAGCUGCACACCAAGGCUGUGUUGUGUUCUGUGUUAGAGAUGUGUUAGAUGAGGCAGCUUGUGAUGGAGCAGGACGGGUUUCACAGCACACAGCUGAUCCCGGGGCUCCGGGCCGAGCUCCAGCGUCUGUCCCGGGAACUGAGCGAGACGAGCCGGGAUAAGGUCCGGGCUGCAGAGUACGGGCUGGUGGUGCUGGAGGAGAAACAACAGCUCCAACAGCGCUAUGAUGAGCUGGAGAGUGAACAUGAAGCCCUGAGACACGAACUGGAUCAACUGAAAGAGGCGUACGGUCAGGCCCACUCGGCCCAGAGGAAGGUUGCUGAGGAUGGAGAGAGUCGUGAGGAGUCGCUCAUCCUGGAGUCGGCAUCUAAGGAGGCGUAUUACGAGCAGAGGGUACAGGAGCUGCAGGCCGAGCUGAGGCAGGCCAGAACUACACUCACCAGCACGCAGAGUGAGAACGAGCGCCUGAGCAGCCUCACGCUGGAGAUAAGGGAGAGUGCCGAGCUGUUGGAGCUGCAGCGAACACGUCUGCGUGAUGACAUCAGAGAGUAUAAAGUCAGAGAGUCUCGGCUGCUGCAGGACUACAGCGAGCUGGAGGAGGAGAACAUCAGCCUGCAGAAACAAGUGUCCACGCUGAAGCAGGGCCAGGUGGAGUUUGAAGGUCUAAAGCACGAGAUCAGGAGGCUUGAGGAAGAGGCGCAGUAUCUGAACAGCCAGCUGGAGGAAGCUGUGCGACUGCGUGAGAUUGGAGAGCGUCAGCUGAGCGAGGCUCUGGAGACUGUGAAGAGCGAACGUGAGCAGAAGGCGGCGCUGCGCAAAGAGCUCACACAUCACAUGACCCUGGGAGACUCUCUCCUCGCCGGCUCGCUUGAUGGACUCACACUUAGCGACUCGAACGAGCCCAACAACGACGAGGCCAUGCGCGCCUUUGAGAACGGGCUCGCGAAGAUGGCCGACAUCAGCGAUGACGAUAACGUUUCGUCCAUGCCGAAGAAGAGCCUGGUGGACGACCUGCUGAGCGAACUGAACAUCUGCGAGAUCCAGAAGCUCAAACAGCAGCUUCACCAAGUGGAGCGAGAGAAGGUGGCGCUCGUCUCCUCCCUCCAGGAGUCUCAGAAGCAUUUAGCACAAACACGCGGAGCGCUAGCGCGCCUGAGCGAAGAUUUUGGAGCCACGCGACGUGUCCAGGUUGCAAAGGACAAAGAGAAGGAGAAGGUAAGCGGCGAGGACGGUGACGUAGACUAUUACGAACUGGACAUUCACGGCCCAGAGAUCCUGCGCUGCAAAUACGAGGCUUCAGUGGCUGAGGCUGGAGAGCUGAGGGAGGAGCUUAAGUUGCUAAAGGCGGAGCUUGAGGAGGUCAGGGUGGGGCAUGAGGAGGUUCGGGCACGACUGGAGAGCCAGGUGCGUGAUCUCUCAUCUCAGGUGUGCUCGCUGGAGAGUGACGGCCGUGCGGAGCGGGCACAGUUGGCACGGCUGCAGAGGGAGCUGGACGAGGUGAACACGGCCGCGAGUGAGACCCGGAGGACGCUCGGAGUGGCUCAGGACGAACUUGGGGCAUUCAGCGAGGAGCUGGCUAAUCUCUAUCAUCACGUCUGUGUGUGCAACAACGAGACGCCGAGCCGCGUCACGCUCGACUUCUACAGAGAGGGAAAAGAUGGCAAAGAGUACAAGGACGGGAGAGAGGAGGAAACUGAAAACACAAGCUUGAACAAAACCGCCGCUAGACCUGCCUCGGCUUCAGCAGGAGACUCGAGGAAAGAGCCGAUGGACGUGUGCGUCCUGGCCGAGAUGAUCCGGGAGCAGAUGCGCCACCUUCAGCAGGCCGUGGAGCGAGGCACACAGCUGGCGAGACAUAGACUGGCACCGCUGGAGCUCGCUGCGGUGCCUGAUAAAGAGCAGGCCGCCUGCAUAGAGGAGAUCCUCAAACUCAGAUCACUGCUGAGCACCAAACGGGAACAGAUCGCUACGCUCAGGGCCGUGCUCAAGGCCAACAAACAGACAGCUGAGGUUGCUCUCGCUAACCUGAAGAGUAAGUAUGAGAACGAGAAGACCGUAGUGACGGAGACCAUGAUGAAGCUCAGGAACGAGCUGAAGGCUCUGAAAGAGGACGCGGCCACCUUCUCCUCCCUCAGAGCGAUGUUCGCCACCAGAUGUGAUGAGUACGUGACUCAGCUGGAUGACAUGCAGAGGCAGCUGGCAGCAGCUGAGGAUGAGAAGAAGACUCUGAACUCGUUGUUACGCAUGGCCAUCCAGCAGAAGCUGGCACUCACACAGCGCCUUGAGGACCUCGAGUUCCACAACGAGCAGGAACGAAGAGGAAGUGCGGCCGCCACCUCGGCCCGUGCCAAAGGACCCUUCUCUAAGAGCAAGAACCUGCACUAAUUGUAGUUGCCAAGAAGAAUUUCCCUCAAAGUGGCUUAAUCCCUGACUGCAGAUGUCCCAGCUUAUAAACACACACACACACACACACACACACACACACACACACACACUACGCCUGAAACUCGACUGUAAUCUGAUCAUCCACACAUUUGACUCGUUCAGUAACAGUUCAGUCCACUUGUGUCCUUCAUGUCCUAUGAUGCCUUAUUCUACAGUUUAAAGUCAAAUGAAAACGUGUAAAUACGUGAGGGAUUUCAGGUCGGCAAAAGUCUGCGUGUAACUACGGAGCGUUGAUUUAUGGUUGUUUUGCCUUUUGGUAUUAAUUUAUUAUUUUUAAUGAAUUGAAUAUGCAGAAUGUCCUGCAGUAGGAAAGAUAAAAAGGUUUUUUAUAUCACACCACAGACAUGAUGAUGUUGGUGACGUUGACAGAAGGAUCGGAAACUUGGUGAACUUUCUCGUAUAAGCAACUUAGAAAAAUAGAUAGAAGUGUAUUUUCACCUCCUUUUGUCAGCUACCUCUUUAUCGCUUCUUUAAUUGGAUUUAUUUAACAGAAAUGAUAAUAUAAGACUUUUUCUUUCUUUUUAAAUAGGACUAUUUCCUCAGUUAAGAAACUAUCCAGGGAAAACAAACUGAGGAAUUGUGUGGAUGUCUUACAGUUUUACAGACGUCUGUAGUAUAUCGGUGCUGUACAAAACAAUACAGAACUCACAAAAGCGUCAGCUUUAAAACACAAAACCAAAUCUGAGUGACUCGAGGCUCCGCUCCUUAUUGUGGCAGUUUCUUGUUUUAAUGAGGUUUCAAGACACUCAUGUUGACUUCCCCUCACAUCAUUUAUCACUGAUUAAAUCCCUUUGACUAUUAAAAUCAAACCUUAACCUCAUCUUCCACACACACACACACACACACACACACACACACACACUCAGCUCAGCUGCUGAAAACACAAGUACUGAAAAUAAAUGAACAAGUAAUGGCCUUGUUUACAUCAACAAGACAGAGAGACAGACAGACAGUCAGUCAUUCAGAGAGACCCAGUCAGAUAGAUAGAGAGAGAAAGAGAGACAAAGGGAGAGAGACAGAUAGACAGAGACAGACAGUCGGACAGUUAUUUGUAUAGCGCUUUUAACAAUGGCUUCGUCUCAAAGCAGCUUUAUAGAACAUAAGAAACAAUACAAAAAAUUUAAUAUACGAAGAUUAAUAUAUUACAAAAAACAAUCAGUAAUACAAACAGACAGACAGCAGAGGGAGGGACAGACAGACAGUCAGUGAGACAGACAGACAAAGAGUCAGUGAGACAGACAGACAGUCAGUGAGACAGACAGACAGUCAGUGAGACAAACAGACAGACAGUGAGACAGACAGAUAGGCAGAGACAGACAGACAGUGAGACAGACAGACAGGCAGAGACAGACAGACAGUGAGACAGACAGUUAGUGAGACAGACAGUCAGUGAGACAGACAGACAGGCAGAGGCAGACAGUGAGACAGACAGACAGUGAGACAGACAGUUAGUGAGACAGACAGACAGUGAGACAGACAGGCAGAGACAGACAGACAGUCAGUGAGACAGACAGACAGGCAGAGGCAGACAGUGAGACAGACAGACAGUGAGACAGACAGUUAGUGAGACAGACAGUGAGACAGACAGGCAGAGACAGACAGACAGGCAGUGAGACAGACAGACAGGCAGAGGCAGACAGUGAGACAGACAGACAGUGAGACAGACAGUUAGUGAGACAGACAGUGAGACAGACAGGCAGAGACAGACAGACAGACAGUGAGACAGACAGGCAGAGACAGACAGGCAGUCAGUGAGACAGACAGACAGGCAGAGGCAGACAGUGAGACAGACAGACAAUGAGACAGACAGUUAGUGAGACAGACAGACAGUGAGACAGACAGACAAUGAGACAGACAGUUAGUGAAACAGACAGACAGUGAGACAGACAGACAGGAGUUGUUCCCUGCUCUACUACACACUCCACACUGUCUCUGGCUGAUGUUAUGGAGAUGAUGUGCACUGGUCAUGAGGGGAAGUCGAUGAGGACGUGUCUUACUAAAAGUGUGUUUAGUUUAGAUACAGAUGUUCCAGAUGUUUUCACACGUGCCUUUAAUAACAACUGUUUGUUUGUUUGUUUAUUAUCAGAAACCAGAUAAAGUGUUUUCAUUUAAAUAACAGAUCUCCUGUUAUUUCUGUUUUAUAUUCAAAUGAUUUCUAACUUGCUAAUAAAGCCUGUCAGUGUUUAAUACA